UGCAACCUGUCUUUACUUAAAGCCAGACCAAUCAAGCGAGCAAGUAAGAACUCAUUAAGUAAUCAUGGAGGAUCUGAAGAAAACAAUCGAAGAGAUCUUCAAUGGCGUGAACCUGAGAGUGAGUAAGGUGGAGGUAGAGAUGAGCGCGAAGAUCGAAGCCAUGGAAGCCAAACUCGAGCAAGCCACCGAGAGAAUGAACGACGCGAUGCUGCGCCACACAUUCCCCGACGAGAUCCGCGAAUCCUUUCCCCGCUUCAACGGAUCGGAUCCGAGAGGCUGGAUCAUCAAGUGUUUGAGGUUCUUCCGGACCAGCCCCCGCUUCACCGAGCAGCAGAAGACGGUGUACGCUUCCCAGCAUCUCGAGGGCCAAGCCGAGAUCUGGUUCCAGAACUUCGCGAAGGAGGACGAGGAGGUCAUGGAAUGGAAGGGCUUCGUGAGGGCCGUUCUGAGGAGGUUCGACGAGCGAGACUUGUUUCAGGAUUUCAAGGAUCUGAAACAGACUUCAUCUCUGAGGAGAUACAUUGAUGAAUUUGAAGCGAUAGUUCCUCUGGCGUUGAUCAUACUUGACGGAUCUAGAGAGAAAUUUCUUCUGGAGUGCUUCAUCUGUGGCCUGAGAGAAGAGUUUAGGGCCAAAGUGAGAAUGGUGGAACCUUCUGACUUUCAGGAAGCAGCCAGGGUUGCUCUGCUUCAAGAGAAAACCAGCCUGGCAAUAAUGGCGGAGUGAGAGCGAGCUGAGCAUUGAAUAAUUGUGGCGGGAAUCAAUGAACAUUUUAAACCGCCUCUUUUCAUCCCUUUCUUUGACCUUUCUUUGAGCAAGUGUUUGGUACAUAUUGGUGACCAAAGAUGUAUCAAAUCAUAGUAUCAUAUAAUCAUGAAUAAAUUAAAUUUCCUCAUUUCCUUAAUAUGACAUGAUACAAAGAUUAAGAAUUAGACCAAAUAUUAUAACAAUUA